AUGCCCAGUGCAACCGGCCAGAACUGGGAGAAAUACCAGAAGACCUUCGCCGAUGAGGAUGUGCCAGAAAAGAAGAUCACACCUUUGACAGAAGAAGAUAUUCAAGUGUUGAGAACGUACGGAGCCGCACCCUACGCUGCUGCUCUCAAGCAGAUCGAAAAGCAAAUCAAAGAGAAGCAACAAAGCAUCAACGAGAAGAUUGGCGUGAAGGAGUCGGACACCGGUCUCGCGCCUCCUCACCUUUGGGAUGUCGCCGCCGACCGCCAACGCAUGCAAGAGGAGCAGCCACUUCAAGUCGCUCGAUGUACGAAGAUUAUACAGGAUGAGAAGGACAGCGAGAAGAGCAAAUAUGUCAUCAACGUCAAGCAGAUCGCAAAGUUUGUCGUCAAUCUCGGAGAACGAGUCAGCCCUACAGAUAUCGAGGAGGGAAUGCGCGUUGGUGUUGAUCGCCAGAAAUACUCCAUCAUGCUCCCCUUGCCGCCCAAGAUUGAUCCCAGCGUGACGAUGAUGACGGUGGAAGAUAAGCCCGACGUCACAUACGGAGACGUUGGUGGGUGCAAAGAACAAAUCGAAAAGUUAAGAGAGGUCGUCGAAAUGCCUUUAUUAUCUCCUGAACGGUUCGUCAAACUCGGAAUUGAUCCUCCCAAGGGUGCUCUGCUGUAUGGGCCUCCUGGGACCGGGAAGACCUUGUGCGCGCGAGCAGUCGCCAACCGAACAGAUGCUACAUUCAUUAGGGUGAUCGGGUCCGAGUUAGUUCAGAAGUAUGUCGGUGAAGGUGCGAGGAUGGUUCGAGAACUCUUCGAGAUGGCGCGGACGAAGAAGGCGUGUAUCAUCUUCUUCGACGAAAUCGACGCCAUUGGUGGUGCCCGGUUCGACGAUGGUGCUGGCGGUGACAACGAAGUCCAACGGACCAUGCUGGAACUUAUUACGCAGCUUGAUGGUUUCGAUUCAAGAGGAAACAUCAAAGUCAUGUUUGCCACCAACCGGCCCUCGACGCUGGAUCCUGCCCUCAUGAGACCGGGCCGUAUUGACCGUAAGAUUGAAUUCUCCUUGCCUGACCUGGACGGCCGUGCUGGUAUUCUUAGGAUUCAUGCGAAAUCGAUGUCCGUCGAGAGGGAUAUCCGUUGGGAGCUGAUUGCAAGAUUGUGCCCCAACUCGACGGGUGCCGAGCUGAGGUCGGUUGCCACCGAAGCCGGGAUGUUUGCCAUUCGUGACAGGAGAAAAUUGACCUCCGAGUCCGACUUCCUCAAGGCGAUCGACAAGGUAAUCAAGGGAAAUCUGAAGUUUGGAAGUACGGCGGCAUAUGCACAGUACAAUUAA